GGCAAGCGCGAGACGGAAGAAAGAUCACAGACCGCGUUCUUCCUCUCCCCGCUCCUCCUUAUAUUGCCCGCCACAAUGGCUCGCGAUCUCCCAGCGACCCAGCUCGUUUGCGCGCGUCCCUGUCGCGUCUGCACCCUCCGCUUGCCCGUCCCGCAUCCGCAAGGCGAAGUGUAGCGACCAUGGCCAAAGACCUCUUCUCCGUCACGAUCUUCUUCAUCGUCUUCCGAGAGACUCUCGAGGCCGCCAUCAUCGUCUCCGUCCUCCUCGGUCUCGUCGAGCAGAUCAUCUACGAGGACCCAGAGCGCCUCGCACGCAUCAAGGACGCCCAAGCCAGGGCCGACCCCGAGACCCCCGGCACUGACAAUGCCCUCGAGAAGGACCCGUCCGCGUCCUCGGACGUGUCCUCGACCCCCGAGCUCACUAGCGGCGUGGACGAUGACAUCGUCACGAAGCGUCUCCUCCGCAAGAUGCGCAUCCAGAUCUUCUUGGGUGCUGCCAUUGGUCUCCUCGUAGCAUGUGGUGUCGGCGCGGCGUUCAUCGCUGUGUGGUUCACGCAGGCGGCGGACCUCUGGGCGAACACCGAGGACCUUUGGGAAGGCAUCUUCUCCCUUAUUGCGUCCGUUAUUAUCUUCAUCAUGGGCGUCACGAUGCUCAAGAUGGACCGCGCCAAGGCAAAAUGGCGCAUCAAGCUGCAGCGCGCCUUCUCCGGAGAGCAUGUUGACCGUAACACCAAGGCUGGAAAAUGGGUCCUCUUCGUCCUCCCGUGCAUCACUGUCCUCCGAGAGGGUAUGGAAGCUGUCAUCUUCGUCGGCGGUGUCUCUCUUGGGCAGCAGGCUACCUCCAUCCCAAUUGCCGCCGUUGUUGGCCUGAUCUGCGGGCUCAUUGUCGGCUACCUGAUUUACGCUUUCGCCUCCCGAACAACACUCACGGUCUUCAUGGUCGUGAUGACGAACUUCAUCCUGCUCAUCGGCGCGGGCCUGCUCUCCAAGGCGGUCUGGUACUUCGAGUCGCACGCCUUCGCGCAGAUCGUCGGGUCCGACGUCGACGACACGGGCGGAGAUGGGCCCGGUUCGUACAACGUGCGCGGCUCCGUCUGGCACAUCGACUGCUGCAACCCCGAGAACAACUUCGACAACUCGGGCUGGUCGAUCUUCGCGGCCAUCUUCGGUUGGACGAACUCGGCGACGAUCGGGAGCGUGCUCAGCUACGUGUUCUACUGGAUAGCCGUCAUGAUUACGCUCGUGUAUUUGAAGUGGAAGGAGGGCCGCACGAAGGUCUUCGGUAAGGAGAGCCAGGCAGGCGUCAGGAGGAGGGAGCGCCAGGAGAUGCUCGCUGCACAGGAGCAGGAACAGCAGCGGCUUGAGGAGACGGAGAAGGAGGGUGCACGCGAGGCGGCGCCCAUAGCGGAAGAGCUUGUUCAGUAGACUGCGCGGCGACUGACUAUUCUCCUGUCUCGCACAUGCGAAAAUUUGCCACGAUGCCUUGUCUCUCGGACCCCCUCACAAUGUCGUCUGUAGCUACUACUCUUGCGCUUUGGUUGGUUUUUGAUGCCUGUACGAUAACGAUCUGAGGUAACAUCGUGUCGUGCGUACGAUGGGUUGUAACACGAAUGAAGGAAUUUCAAACUCUCAUAGUUUGGAUCUGUCAUCCUUGCCGGGGUCUUGGCUUGUGUGGC